AUGGAGUCUAUACAGAAUGACAAAGGCUCUAGGAGCCAUAGAAACCCCCCUGCCGACAGCGAACGAGGGCCAUCUCGAGACGCAACUACGAUCAGAGGCUCCGCUGACAGGGACCUAGAACACUCGACCUUCCCUAAAGCCUUCGAAAGCAUGCUGAGGACAACAACGGAGACAGGUGACAUCGGCGUCUUCUCAUCCAACCCAUCCAGCGUUUCUCAACGAUUUAAUGGCCGCCAAAGGACUGGUGGAGGUUACAAGAGCAUUGAGUCGUACAAGCCAUCGCAGCUUCAGCCCGACGGAGUCCCAGUCAGGGAUGAUAGAAGGCUUCUUCCUUCAUAUGCCAAGGAUGUUGCAUCGGGGGUCAUCUCUAUGUAUGAGUCUCCCAGCCAGAAGUCUGCCAGCCGAGUCUUUGAUGAUGACCCCUACCCGCGUUCCCAUUCUAUGACCCAGGCCUUCUCGUCUUACCCAGUGUCCGAUCAACGACCAUAUGGCAGUCUCAGAAGUCAGCCAGAUGGAAAUGCGUAUUCACAGCGCCCUAGGUCCCCAUUUGCAUAUCCUACACGCUUGAGACGACCCGGCUUCCGGCCAUCUUCCCCUGCAUUAGCCGACGGUGGUGGCAUUGACUACAGCCGGCGUGCUGAGAUUGAGCGAGUUCCAUAUGGACCUCAUCACAGCACGCUGCCUCCAUCAUCCUCUUAUGCCCAAGGACGUAGACCUCCAUCGAUAUCACUUGGUCCUAAUACAGACAGAUCGAGGCCCCCGUUGUUGGGUCAGUCAUCUCCACCACGACAAUCACCCCCUAGCCCGCACAUGGGACAGGGCGGUAGAUCCACGAUGAAUGACUGGCAACGUAAAAAUGGCUCAUUUAAUAUGACCACUUCACCUGCCGCCAGUACCUCAAGCUUAACAUCGGCCUUCCAGACUGCACCAGCAGGGUCAUCCACGACUACACCAGAAAGAAAUUAUCCGCGAUCUCCGUUAUACUACGAUUAUACAGAAGACUUUGAUGUCGACGAGUAUAGUAAACCAGAGAUACCGGAGCCACCAUCACAGUUCCAAGUUGAAAAGACAAUUCCAGGAUAUUGGGCCCUUGGUGUAGACUACCCGUCAACUGGUGAUUUCAAUGGCGGUGGAGCGAAACGACAAUUUGACAGAGCCCUCGAAACUCCCCCCUCUAGAUCAGUCCUCCCAAGUUCAGUCAAGGACUUCCAAUAUCCAAGCACACCUCGGCCAGAUAGAACCACAUUCAGGCCAGAUCAGGAAGUACAAAGUCUUGCCACGACGAAUCUCAAGGAGAAUACUCCGGACAAAAUUGUUGAUAUUCCAAGAGACAAGAAAGUCAUCCGACUAUCGGGACUUGGCCGCGGAGCUCGAGAGCUGAGCAGCCACGUCGAAGAAGCUUUCGGGCUUCCUCCAUCGCAGUCAUUCGAGCUUUUGGUUCGCAACGAAUCUGCAAGCAGGGAUGGCAGCGAGGAAGAUAUCAGUACUUCUACUUUCAAUGGGUCCACUUUUGUCCCUGAAGAUAGCUACAUCGAGACGCAGUCUCGCAGAACUUCUACUUAUAGUCUGAAUACUAACUUGCUCAGGUUCCCGCAACCCCCUAAUGUUUUGAGCCCCGCGGGCACUGGUUAUGUUGUGAAUCUCGGAGAUGGAGGUGCUCUAAGGCCUGGCAGGUUUGACAGUGCCGUGGGUAGUAAUGACUUGAGGUCCCAAAAGAUAUUCCAGAAAGACAUAUCCACUGUGAACGGUGGUAUAAAGACCUCGGGAUCGCGGCAUGAGAUAAGAAAUGCAACGAUUCUCAGUACUGCACAUCUGUCUUCUCCAGGAACCGAUCAGAUGAGACCAAGUCAUCCCUGCUCAACCGAUGCAGGUCUCACAGGUCCAAGGGAUGCUGCGCCCACACUGGCUUGUUCUACGUAUGCUGUCUCUCGCAACAGCUCUUCAACCUCUCCUGUUUCCCGUGAGAAGUCGCUGAUUCGCGAAGAAUCCUCACAACGUCUCAUCAGCUCCCCAUCGACUUUGUUCAACCAAGUGGGCAGCGAUAAUAGCCACUACGCCACGUCCGACCCGAAGCACGGUAAUCUUCGCAGCAGAGCAGAAUGGCCAGAUUUGGCAUCUUCACCAGGCCGGGAUGAGGAGAUAAUCAAAAAAUCCAGUCGCCAGAUCCCCAGGAAGCUCAUGUCUCGCUCGGAGUCUCCAAUGUUAUCACCGGAUCCAAUUUUGCCCGCAAGCCAGCUGAGAUUGAAGAAUAGCGCUCCACAGCUUAUGAAGGCACUUCCACCGCUUCCAUACGACCAGCCAAACCUGGGAAUAUCAACUCCAAUUCGAACAGGUUCUUUCAUUGCCGAAUUACCCUGUCCGUCUUCCCUUCUCGAAUUGGAAGACAGACAAACCCCCAACCAAGAACCAGAAGGAGCAGUGCAGCAUUACGAACAUCCGGAGCCAAGAGAAGAUAUCUCGACGCAGUCUACUCCUGUUGAACUGGAUUCAGCACCUGUUGAGGCCGCUAUUGUGGAGGAUAAGGAAGGGAAGGCAUCCGAGACUCCGUCCCCCCAGAAAUUCAAGCUCAAAUCGCGUAGCUCAACGGCACCGCGUCCUACGUCUCCACAGUACUCUCGCCCCAGUAAUCUUGAAGGAAGCUGCUCUAGGUCAAAUCAGGAUUUGGAUGCUGACUUGCCAGCGAAUAUGCAAGAUGAGAUUCGCAUCAAACCCAACCCACCGAGGUUUAAGCUGAAGAUUACGCGGGCCUCCAACUCAACUCUGGGGACAGUGCGAGUGAACAAGGAAUCGGCAGGUUCGAAAGCCUUCUCUGGCUUACAUUUCCGACAUCCAAAAGACCUGUUCACCCCCAGUUCUGGUAUUGAUAUCUUCCGACAAGUCGGCAAGCAUCUCCAUUCACGAAAUGCAAGUACAAGUAGCAGUCCCUCCUCGGUCGAGGGGAGACAGGCACCAAUACUCACACCUAUCUCGGACCAGUUGUUAACUAAGAAUCAGCCUCCGAACCUGGAGUCGAACACUCUACAACCUUCAACAACAUCAACAAAUCGAAAAAGUCCCUCUGACGUUCGGAGCUUCUUCUCAGAUGGUAGCUCACAUAACCAUGGCAAGCUCAGCCUGCGAAAGAGAUUGUCAAAAUUGAGGGCUCGAGUAGCCGUGCCUUACGCAACCAGAAAAGGGGCGUUUUUUUACGAUGGCGCACAUUCCAGUGAUGACAUUGAUAGGAGGGAUAGAAAUGGCGCACAGGAUCCAGCUCUAUCAGGCGCCGGAUCUGUCAACAGUAUUCAGGCAGUCGAAACGAGUACCGAAGGUAGGCAUAUGCGCCGACUAACUCACAGAAUGCAUAAACAUAAAUUGAGAGAAAAGGUCUCAGGUUGGGUCAGAGAAGCAAGAUCGAAGAUCGUAGCUCGUAUGAGGCCCCGAGAUGUCGGCAGGGAAGGUGAUGACCAUGUCCAUUUGAUAGCUGAGGUUUAG